AAGUUUAUUCCGAUUAUUCAGAUUUUUUGUCAAAGCUAGCGGCGGCGUCUUCGCGUGUUCGUUCGUCGAUUCUGUGGCUCUGGCGAAUAUUUUGAUUUGGUUUUUUAUAGACCCACCGCUGCCGCCCUGUGCCCCCGCGUGUGUGACAGCCACAGAAACACAGAAACCCAGAAGAAGAAACAGAAAUAACAAUAACUGAAAAGAAGAGGAAAAGAGAGCAGAGCAGAGCAGAGCGGCCGCCAAAUGUGUUUGGAAUUUGCAUAAUUUUCGGGUCUUUCGUUCUGUUCUCGGAAUUGUAUAACAGAAGGGAGGAGAGAGGAGAGGAGAGAGGGAGGAGGACGGCUUCUAGUCCUCCCCUCCACCCCACAAAUGGCAAACGCAGCCCCGCGCUGCCACCGUCGCCCUCUGCAUCACAGUCGUCGUCUGCGUCGUCGUGGGGUCCGGGGAUGCAGCAGCAGCAACGCCACUGCCAGCCCCAGAUCUGCAGCAGCUGACGCCUGAAACCGCACCUGAAUCUGAGCCCCAUCCGCGGAGAACCGUGCCCCGAGCCGCAUAAUGCCAAGUGCCUAUUACGCGGCACUCGACCAGCCACUGACAUCGUCCGACGACGACGAGGAGGAGGACAUCGAGAGGCAUCAACAGCAGCACCGUCAGCGACAGCAGCGGCGCCCCAAGGGGGCCGCACCCCGUAUACCGUUUCUGGCAACCCAUUCCCUGCCACCCCCCAUGGCCCUCCUUCGCGGCUCCAGUGGCGUCGUCGGGAGCAGGCGCCGCUGCCUGCGGACAGCAGGCCUCUUUGGGGGGGCCCUUAUCUUCCUCAUCGCCCUCUGCUACUUCACCCUCAACACGGACACGCGACUCGCCCUGGGACUGGGCGGCGGCGGCGCCACCGAUGACUCCGAUGAGGGAAUCCACCUGGGUAAGCACUCCCAAUCCCUCGGCCUGUCCCGCUUCCGGGAGUUGGCCAGACAACGCCAGACAAUUCCCGCCUUCGAUGGUCAAGACCUGCUCAAGUUCGCAUCCAAAAACCGAAAAGAUUCAAGUAUUCGCAAUCCAUAUAGAUCAUAUGGCAUCCUCUCGCGGGCCCUCAACGAGUCGCUGCAUCUGUGCAGCGAGGGCCACCUGGAUCAGCGGCUGUACGUGCAGGACAAGCCGGUGGCCCAGUACGGACACCUGCCCAUCAUUUACUUCGUGACGCCCACGUAUCCGCGGCGGGAGCAGAUCCCGGAGCUGACGCGCCUCGCCCACACCCUGCUGCACGUGCCGCGCCUGCAUUGGCUGGUGGCCAACGAUCAGGAGGGAUGCAACACGUUCAUGGAUGGGAUGCUCAAGAGAUUCGGCAUCCCCUACACCCAUCUGGCGAGUCCGAUGCCCAGCAAUUUCCGCAAGGUGAAGCCUGCCCCGCGGGGCGUGGCCAAUCGGAGGGCCGCCCUGCAGUGGCUGCGGCAGCGGAACCUCACGGACGGCGUCCUCUACUUCGGGGACGAUGACAACACCUACGACCUGGGGCUCUUCUCCGAGAUCCGGCAGACGCAGCGCGUGUCCAUGUUCCCCGUGGGAUUCAUCGCGGACUACGGCGUCAGCGGUCCGGUGGUGCGGAAGGGCAAGGUGGUGGCCUUCCUGGACUCGUGGCUCGCGGGCAGACGCUGGCCCGUGGACAUGGCCGGCUUCGCGGUGAAUCUCGAGUACAUGGCCCAGUUCCCGAACGUCAAUAUGCCGUACAAGCCGGGCUUCGAGGAGGACCGCUUCCUGCGGAGCAUCGGCCUGCGGCUCGACCUGAUCGAGCCGCGUGGCAGCAACUGCUCGCAGAUCCUGGUGUGGCACACGCAAACGAAGAGCAAGAAGGCGGCGGUGGUGCGGCUGGAGAGCGAGUAUCUCGACGGGCGCUCCAAUCUGGGGGCGCUCUUUCGUUCGCUGAAGAUCAUGGGCGUGGCCAGUGCCUCGGACACGGAGGGUCCCAAGGCGCUGAUCAGCAAGAAUGGCAAGGCCUCGGAUCACGCGACGAUCCUGAGCUGAGGAUCCCCUUCCCCCCACAGCAUCCUACGUACGAAUGGUACUCAUUAUUCAGAGGCAAACGAAGCUCGAAUGAAGGAGAUGCUGCCGGUGCUGAUGCUCCUCCAAGGAUCUCUCUCUCGAGAUCUUCCUCCCCCUCCCCCGAUUGUUAAUUAGUGUUGUAGAUACUCUCUCUGUCUCUCUCUCUCUCGUCUGUGUGUGUGUGCUCUCUCUCUCCCCCUUUCUCAAGUGAUAAUCAAAUAAGAAUGAAAGACAGGCAGGAUCGUCCUCCUCUCUCUCUCUCGUUUCUCUCUUAAGUUAGUCGCAUGCUAGUGCAUGUAUUAGCGCUUUAGUUAGUGGCUUCUCGUAGGUUGUAUCCCCCCACGAAAAAGAUCUGCCACACAUAUCAAAGAAGAAGAGUUCGUUCAUCUCCCUGUCAUCCGAUCGAAUCAUUCAUACAUCGUGCGGAGAAGGCCCUGGGGUCUACUCCAAGAGUCGGAUCCUAUAUAGAAUAUAGAAUAUAGAAUAUAUAAGCAUACCCUGUAAGCCCGCACCCCUCGUGGCUGAGGGGGGAUGGGGCAAACCCCAAACACAAUAAAUGCUACGUUUUUGUAUGGCUUUCUCCAACAAGCAA